ACUCCCGAGUCUUAGGCCGCCACCGGCAGACGCAGAGCUUCCUGCUGCCGCAUCUCCGCCAGCACUCCCGCAGACCGCCCCUCCUCGGACGGCGACGAGCACACCGGCGCACACAGACCUCCAGCCCCGGUCGUAUGUAGGAGCGCCUCCACCACCCAUGGUGAAAGCCGGCGGGGAUAACCGUGAUCUCCGGCCACCGGGGGCAAAGCCUCCUUCCCCGGUGAGGUGGAGAGGGGCCUGGGCGCCGGCGGAGCGGAUCCCUCACGUUUCGCUUCGCCGACGAGCACGCCCCCCGCGCCGCCCUUGUCGCCUUUCGAAUCGCUGGAGGCGGACCGUACUGUUACCAUUUUGCCCAUCACCAGAUCGACUUCAAGCCCGACAGGGAUUUGGCCGGAGCUCAGCCCAUGUGCUACAGAUGAAUCGGUUCCCGCAGUGCCAGAUAAACAGGGCUCACGCUGCCAACAAGAUGAUCAUUCACAGGGUGGUGAUUCGUCGACAUGGUCAUUGCCCAAUCUACCCGAGGAUAUCUGGUGCCUUAUACAUUCCCUAAUGCCAUUGCGUGAUUCUGCCUGCUCUGCCUGUGUAUCACGCACAUUUCUACGUUCUUGGAGAUGUCACCCCAAGCUUAUAUUCAGUGAGGAAACACUAGGCUUGAAACAGAAAGAAGGCCAAAAUAUCGAUAUAGCAAGGGGUUUCACUAGCAGAGUUGAUCAUAUUCUGAAAAAUCACUCAGACACUGGUGUGAAGAUACUCAAGUUUGUAAUCCGUGAUCAUUACAAUGUCGACACUUGUCAUCUAAAUAGUUGGCUCCAGAAAGCUAUCACACCAGGGAUUGAAGAAGUCACACUUUUGCUGCCUACGAAAUAUAGGAAAAUGUAUGAAGUCCCGUGUUCAGCUCUACUUGAUGGGUGUGGAAACUCAAUCUGGUAUCUUUACCUCACCAAUUGUGCCUUCCGCCCCCCGGUUGGAUUUGAUUGCUUGAGAAGCCUGACAAAGCUGCAUCUGUAUGGAGUUUGUAUCACGGGGGAUGAGUUGGGGCAUCUUAUUUCCAAUUGUUUUGCUUUGGAGGAGUUAGAAGUCAGCUGUUGCAUGAAGCUAAUCUGCCUGGAGAUACCAUUCUGGCUGGAGCGGCUUAGUUGCUUGACUGUGUCUCAGUGCGACAAGCUGAGAGUGAUAAAGAGCACAGCUCCACACCUCUCCAUUUUUGACUUCUUUGGUGAACCAGUACAACUCGUGCUUGGAGAAUCAUCAAAGGUAAAAGACUUAAGGGUGGGGUAUUCAUUUGCGCCCAAUGCUGUGAGUUAUGCUAUCACUAAGCUACCUUUCAUCGCACCACAUCUUGAGACUCUUACUGUAUACUCGUUUUGUGAGAGGGUUAGUACCCCAAUGGUAGCUGACAAAUUCCUCCACAUAAAGCACUUGAAUAUCUACCUUGGUGAGGAUGAUGGUGGGGCUGUUACCCCGGCCUAUGAUUAUUUAUCCUUGGCUUCAUUUCUGGAUGCUUGUCCUGUCUUGGAGAGUUUCAUCUUAAGUGUAGAUCAGAGUGACAUGCGGCAUGAUUCGGUUUUUGAGGAUCCCUCCUCACAUCUGAGGCAGAUUCCUGAACACAGGCGACAUGAGAGGCUCAAGAAGGUGCAAAUCGAUGGCUUUUGCUCUGCAAAGAGCGUAGUUGAGCUAACAUGUCAUAUCCUCAAGAAUGCAACGUCACUUGAAAGCCUCACACUGGACUGCAUAUUUGGUGCGGAGGCGGUUGGUCAGUCUGUUAGGUGUUCUGCCCCAGAAUCCGGUAAAUGCAUGCCCACAAGCCGGCGUAUGAUCUUGGAAGCACAUAAAGCACUCAGUGCCGUCAAGAGAUACAUCCUGGAGAAAGUUCCCUCUUCAGUCAAGUUAAAUGUCGGGGGGCCUUGUACCCGGUGCCAUGUUAUGGAUGUGAUGUUGCCGCAGGUAUCCAAUAUGUAGAUUUGCGACGUUGUAGAUGUUGUCCUUCGUCUUCAUCGCUCAUUGUUGUUCUCUGCUGUGUUGGUACCAUAGCUGUUCACUGUGUAGGUCCUGUCAUACCACACAUGUGCUUUCAUUUCUUGACAAGUUACCAGUUUUCCUAUGCUUGUGUACCUUAUUGGCGUCACUAGAACACCUGCAGGUUGAUUGUUACUCCACCUGGAUUAGAGCUAAGACUAGUUAUACAAAUACA